GAGAGGAGGGAGAGAGAGAGCGAGCGAGAGAGAGAAAAAGAGAGAGGGGAGAGCUAUUACUUGUGACAGAAAACGGCACCGAGCACAUACAGUCUGAGGAGCCGCUGCUACGACAAGAUGCUGAGCGUCGCCGUGCUGUGUGUGUGCGCCGUCGCCCUCGGACGCGUCUCCGCUCGCUCGGACAGCGGCAAUUUUCUGGACGAUAAGUGGCUCACCGGCAGAUGGGAUAAAUUCAGAGAUGAAGUUGAGGAGCCCGGAACAUGGACUCCAUCCAAGCCCUUCGAUCAAGCCCUCGAUCCAGCCAAAGACCCCUGUCUGAAGAUCAAAUGCAGCCGCCACAAGGUGUGUGUGGCUGAGGAUUACAAGACUGCCUCUUGUGUCAGCCAGAGGAGAGUUAGUUUUAAAGAUGCCAAUUUGCACCCAAGUGCUGGGUUGAAAUGCAAGCCGUGUCCUGUGGUUCACCCCUCGCCUGUUUGUGGAAGUGAUGGCCACACCUACUCCACCAAGUGUAAGCUCGACUACCAGGCAUGCAUCACAGGAAAGAAGAUUACCGUAAAGUGCCCCGGCAUGUGCCCCUGUCCCCCUGAGGCUGAGAACGGUUCUGAAGAGAAGAAAGUGUGCAGUGAAUCAGAUCUGAAGGAGGUGGUGAGUCGCCUGAGAGACUGGUUCAGAGUGCUGCACGAGAACGGAAACCACAAGAGAGUCAAGAUCCAGAAGCCAGAGAAGAACAAGUUCGACGUCGGGGCAUCGCCCAUCUGUAAGGACCCUCUGGGUUGGAUGUUCUCCCGCCUGGACACGAACUUUGACCUGCAGCUCGACCAGUCCGAGAUCAAGAGCCUUUAUCUGGACAGGAACGAGCCAUGCUCCGAUGCUUUCUUCAAGUCGUGUGAUACGCAUCCCGACAAAGUCAUAACCAGCUCUGAGUGGUGCACUGGCUUCCAGAGAUAUACAGAUUCCCCGUGUAAAGCAGAGCUUUCAGGCAUCAGCAAAAAGCAAGCUGGGAAGAAGUUGCUCGGUCAGUAUCUGCCUUCCUGUGACGAGGAGGGUUACUACCGGCCACACCAGUGCCACAGCAGCAGCGGCCAGUGCUGGUGUGCGGAUCGCUUCGGCAACGAGGUGGCGGGCUCCCGCACCCACGGCCCCGCAGACUGCGGUGUAAUUCUGGAGUCUUCGGGGGACCUCGGCAGCGGUGACUCGCUCUUCACCGACGACGACGAAGACUCUUUCGUCCUUAACGACCAGGCAGGUAUGGACGACGAGGACGACGAAGACGAGGACGAUGACGACGAUGAAAACGAUGAAUAUUUGUCAUAAUUUUGAAAAAAAUAUAUAAAACAACAGAAAAAAGAAAAAUGAAAUAACUGUAUGUUUGGUCAAAUUGCACGUUUCUAGGUGACCCCCCCCCCCCUCCCCUCCAGGCAGAUAAUCCAUCAUACUAACAGCCUACAGACUAUUCUCUGCGUAUUGUUUCCCCCAUCGGUUAAAGGAAAGAAAAAAAAAAUCUAUAUUUUAGGAAACUGUUUCAGAUUUUUCCUCCUGUUUAUCUAGAAGAUCUACUUGUACACUUGUAUUUCAACCAAACAGAGAAUAUAACUAAUUGACCAACCGAUCCAUUAGUUUGGAUUUGGUCACUUGUGCAAAGACCUUCCUUUCAGUGGACAGUCCAUGUCUUUCAGUGUCUCGUGUCCUUGUGGAACACUCCGAUGCCCGAGUGUGUUGAUGCCUGAAGGCACAACGUCGAAGAGAUUUCCCUUUCCCCUCUGUCCUCCAUCUUCUUCACUUCAUCUGUCCGAUCUUUUCGUCCUUAUCCAACGUUCCCGUGUAUAGGUGGGACGUUGAUGAUGUAAGAGAAUAUUGCACUCGUUAGGUUUCUUUUGAUCUUUUUUUUUUUUUUAACUGUGACUGUAACUUUGUGGGGUUAAGAAAAAAAAACAAGAUGAGGAUUAGACAUGCUUCGUCAGAUGAAUUAAGGCAAAACGAAACAAGUAGUCGUGAUAAAAACAAAUAAAUCGGGAACGUGAGCUGUUGUCAGACGUAGAUCUAGUCAAAUCAUCACAGGCUCAGAAAGGAUAAAAAGGAUAAAAAAUUUACUGUUUGGCCUUGUGUUUUUUUUUUUUUUUUUUUUUGCUGCAGAGGGGUAUUAUUGUUAUCUAUUUUUUUAAUCCAUUGUGGGGCGAGCUCUGGAGAUGAAAUAGAUUUGUCUCAGCAUGGUAAUACUGCGUGAUGUUGUUUCCGUCUAUAGAGGCAGAGGCCAAACCUUUGAGGAACUCAAAAUGAAGAUGAACACGAAAAAAAAAAGAAGAAAAAAAAAAAGGAAAAGAGCUCGGAGUCGUAAUGAGAAAAAAAAAGAAGAAAAAUCGUCUUAAGCGUGUACAGAUGAAAGCUCCUCAGAGUUCAGAAUAUAUGAUGUUGAUGUUUUUUAUAUUACGGAUGCUCGAUUUUAGCACACCGCAUCACAGAUUCAAUAUCUUGCACAUUAUAAAGAAGGAAAAUAAAACACAGAGACAUGCAAAUUUGCUGGAAAUAUAUGGUGGAUAUAAAAAGUGUACACACCCCCGCUCAAAUACCAGGUUCUGAUGUAAAAAAAAAAAAAAAAAAAAAAAAGACCACAGUAAAUAAUCUCCAAAGCCUUUUCUGACAUUAAUGUGCAGCUAUUCUUGUAAUUCAACUGAAAAACAGCAAUAUUCUGGUGGCAUAAUGUGAAAAGAAACACAGCCGUAUCAAUCCGCACAGGCCGAAGCUAUCAUGUAGUAUAGACAGAGAAUAAAGGAGUUUAUGUUGUUGUUAUUUUUACACGUGCAGAACACAACCUGUAGUUACCAGGAAUACCUUGAACUGCUUCAGGAUUGCUGUCUGCUCCUUUAGACCCUCUUUUUUUUUAAAUUCCUUAACACUUUCCCUUUUAACGGGUUUGCACGUUUUUCAGUUGAAGUGCACAGGAUAUCCUGUCCACAUCCCGAAAACAUUGUUAAAUGAUUUUUUUUUUUUUUUUACAUCAGAUAAACCUGGCAUGCCACCAGCGGUGUGCCGGCUACUGAGAUGCACUGUACGGGGUGUGGCGGUACAGAUAGGUGUGCCUUUUUGCUGGUAAGGCCAUGUGACGGGGGUUGCAGGGGGGGGGGGGGGACUGAUUGCAUACGAGGAGUGGCUUUCCUCUGAAACGCGCGCAUUUACAGUACAUCGACGUAGAUCUGCCACGCGUCUGAGGGGUCUCGUUUAUGAGGGUGAUACCAUAGCCUCCAUCAGACUUUUAAGUUGACACCUAGGGUAGCUAGAAAUGUAGAGAGAGGCUUAGCAGUUAGGGCGUAUAAACACUCUGCUGGAUAUGAAAAUGUUUUAUAUAGAUUAUGCGCAGGCUAGAGGAAGCUUUGGUUUAGACAGCUUUAUACGAGGAGAAGAUAAUCAGCGUUUGCUUUUACAUUGUUUCAGUAGCUUAAUCUGAUCUGCUGUAUCGUAUCUAUUUAUAGGGUAAACCUGCCGGGGUAAAACAAGAAAAGGAUCUCUCUGAUCUCAGAUGUGUGUGUGUGUGUGUUGUUAAGACGCGUUAAUGCAGACCUGAGAUCAGCUAAUGCUAAGCUGCAGUAUUUACUCUACCGUUUUGGCUUCAUUCUUAAAUCUUUCUAAAAACGUUCAGUCCUGAAAAGUGCCAUCUAAGUGUCCGUUUUUCUGUUUUGUUUUUUUUGUUUUUUUAAUUUUCUUUCCUUCCACUGUUUGUAAUUUAGAUUUUAAGUUCACCUUAGAAACUGGAAAACAUUUCAGUCUCGAAGCGUCUCCUGACUGUGAUGACAUGCAAAUCUUUUCGAUGACCUCGGACACUGUAGCCACUCUUUCACCAAUCCCACACUGGCAUCACAGCUCUGAUAGCGUUAGGUUAUGAUACAGAUGCAUUUUUUACAGUGUAUGUAUAAUUUGCUGAAAUAAAAGCUAUAUUGACCAACGG